UAAUUCGAACCUUUUCAAAUAAUCCACCUUCACAAAGGUUUAGCACAGUGUAUCAUUGACCGCGUUUCAACGCCAAUGCUCUUGUUAAUCUGCGUGUCCACUCACGUGUUUGCGCUUAAAAUAAUUUGCGGAGCAGCCCGGAUAAUGUAUCCACAACAAUAACAAGAUCGCUUCAUUUAUAAGCUCCAUACGAGUCCCUAUCCCAAUUCACAUAAUUCUUAUUUGUCUUGGGUCUGUCCUAUUUUUCAUUUAUUUCAUGGCGCAGAUGACUCGUCGCGUGAAAUUACGCAAAAAUUACGCCGCAACCGUGGCCGUACCCGUAAGCGUAAGAACCCGAUGGUGCUUGCCAUGAUUAUAUACUUUGUCGCUAGCAUAUACCACUACUCUAAUAGUCGGACUCUAUACGCGUUGACCACACGUUGGUGGUUGGGAAGGUUGUUUUCGUUUUCAAACACGCCGUUGUACGACCAAUACGCCUCGUAGUACAUAGUUCGCACUGGGGGGAACGUAGAAACCGGUGCGUGGAUCCUUACCUUCCUGUUGCAAACAAACCACGAUCCGGCACAGAACUGUUUCGUCUAGUGGGCCAUUCUAGUGCCAAGCCACUUUUCGGGUUGAUCAUGAUUCCAUAACAAACUAUUUGGCCGCUACAGAAGUAUAUUUCUUACGACACUAAGAAGCAGCUGUUGAAUGUUAAGGGUGAAAAAGAUGAAUAAAACUAUUUACUUCCACAAAUAGUGUGCGAAUAACGAUAGUGAGUGCAUUGUAACUUAAUAAAUAGAAAAGUUUAAUUUUUGUAACGCGAAUAAUCAUGUUCAAUCAGUGCGAGAUCGAACGAGAAGUGAUAAUGUCGCUAGCUUGAAUGAAGCACGUGAAGCCAAUCCAUUUUCAAUUGUUUGCUUCCUGGUCAGGUAACCACGCGCGCUUAAAGUUGAAGGUGAAUGUUUAAAAAUAAAAUAAUCAUCAUUACGAAUAACGAGAAAAUCUCCUUUCGCAUGGGUAACCGUUCAGAGAUCCUCGUGACGAAUUUAUCAUCGAUAUUGAAGGAGAAACACCUGUGAACAGGGAGCUGCUGGUAUCAAUCAUACAAAUAUACUUGCAUUCGCAACAUCCACGGACGGGUCAAAAUGAACAGUCUAGUUAGUUUGCUCAGUAACUUUAAAGAGUUCUACAGCGAGAUCAAUGGUGCCACACUAACGGGUGCAAUAGAUGUGGUUGUGGUAGAACAGCCUGAUGGUUCAUACCAAAGUUCCCCAUUCCACGUGCGGUUUGGUAAAUUGGGCGUGUUGCGGAGCCGCGAGAAAGUAGUGGACAUUGAACUAAAUGGCGAACCAGUAGAACUACAGAUGAAGCUAGGUGAUUCUGGCGAAGCAUUCUUCGUGGAAGAAUGUGACGAAGAUGAUAGCGAAGUGCCCGCGCAUAUGGCUACCUCACCUAUACCAAGCCAUUCGUACCUGACCAACUACGAUGGAGACGGAGAGUGUAGUGGAGGAUCAAUGUUCAAAGGAGCAACCGGUACGAAUGAUUUAGGGGGCUCUGUUGGACCCGUUGAGCCCGGGGAGGGUAUGGUAAUGAUGGUUGGAAUAGCAGCAUCAACAGCAGCAGCAGCAGCAGCAGCAACAGUAAUUACCGAGUCGAACGUCGCUGCUCUAGCAGAAGCGGAAGAACCGAUGCUCCGACCGAGGCGUAAUUCGGUGGAUCUCUCAAAUGAAAACGCCGAUCAAGAAAGGGCCAAAUUUGAAAACCAAAGAUCCGAGUAUCGCACUCGCAGACAUACAGAUAACGUUACUAAUCGACCAGAUCUCUCCUUAACGAAAAGAGAGUAUACCAUGCAGAAGCUUCGCCAGGAGUGGGAGGCCGCAGCAGAAGCAGAACAGGAGCAGAUCUUUCACAUGGAGGGCCUAGAUGAUGAGGCUAGUUCCGCCGACUGGCGAAACAGUACAUUGCUUCCUGCAGCUAAUAACGCCCUUGGCGAUGGCGUUAGCCGCCAGGAUAAUCAGCUAGAUGAAAAACAAUUUAAACCUAUCAAUGCUCAACCGUCUGUCGCUACGGGGGGCCCAGUAGAAAUCACUUCUACUAUAAACCCUUCGGCUACUGCUGAAGGUGCGAUGGAUUCAAAGUCGAAGAAAAAACGCAGGAAGAAGUCGAUUUUGAAAAAGAAAAAUGCUCAAAGGAAAGGAUCAAUUGGGAGCAGUUCUGGAGGUGGUUCUAAUCACUCCGACCAAAACGAUGUUACGGAGACCGACAGCCAAACUAUUAGCGUCUCACAGGUAACCAUUUCGUCAACAAGUAAUGGUUCUACACAAGACGUGAACAAUGGCACCGCACAAUCUUCGAAGGAAGAGGAAACGAACGUAUCGUCCAACCCUAUCAAGGAAGGGAGAGAAACUCCUGAUCCAUGUGCUACGGUAUUAACAGCUUCGCAUCACACAGAGUUGGACAUUCACUUUUUCAGUGACACGGACAUUGGAACGGGUGUAAGCCCGCAACAAUCGCGUCCAUCAACACCAAUUCAAAGCGAUACCGAGUUUGAGAUGUCACAACGCGCGAAAACCGAAACGGCAGAUGAGCGGUUGUUAUAUGAUUCAUGGAAAUGGGGCGAGCUACCGACGAAACCCGAUGCAAAGACAGGUGAUCUGGAAGGAAACACUUCCUCCAGCAAACAAGCUCAGCACAACUCCAUGCUGAAUGGGCUAAUGAGCUUUAUGAAGUACAACAACAAGAAAAAGCGUCAAAGCGUACCGGACGGCCUGUAUUUAUCGGACCUGGAUAAACUGCGCGAGCCAGAGGUAGCCCAGCUUUAUUUUCCGCCUCUCUCUAUGCUAAAACAGCAACAGCAAAACCGCACUGGUGGAAGCGGAGACGACGAAGAUCGAGAGAGUGGCAAUGGAACAUCAAUACCACACAGUCCAACCUCUAUGGAAGAAGGUUCGGGCGGAAGCAAGGGUAUCGAUUCGGAUUUCGAUGAGCAUAACUCACGAUCUCGAGAAAAUCAGGCUGCACAAGAAGAUAGCUUCACCGGAAAAGGCCGUCAGUCGACUGAAACCAUCGCCCUAUCAAUGUGCGGUGGAUUGGACAGUACCGCCGGUGGUCCAUCCGAUGAAGAGUUUGAACGCCAUCGUCUGCAAUACAGCAAUGUUCUCGCUGAUCCAAGUGUUUUUGCAGCUCCCGAAUUGGUAGUACGUGUGGAUGGCAAAUACUAUAGCUUUGCGGAAGCUUGUCCACGUGUCAUGACACUAUUGGCAUUCCAAAAGACGCUCCCGGAUGUGGUGCUUGGAAGUAAGAAGAUGGAAUCAUCGGGGAUCUUAUCAGAUCCUGAGCAUAACAAUGUCGAGAAGACUCAGACGGUGUCCGAAAUUCAGCAACCUACACAGCAAAAUGCUGCUGGUGGCCGCUGGUGGUAUUGGCGACGGUCUAACGAGUCUAAACCGUCUGCAGUAAGCGAUUCUCAAAAACAGUCCUCAAUAUCUACGACACCCACAACGGCAGAAAUCGAUUUGAAGUCGUCGAUGGCUGUCGCAACGCAAACGUCUCGCUCGAAUUCGCUCGACGAUUGCCACGAAGAUGACCAGAGCCCCAUCAUACCAACGAUGGUUAAUAAAACAACUAAAGAUUCCGGUAUAUCUCCUGGGUUUAAAGCAAAAACAGAAGAGGGCUACAAUGGAUCCCUUUCGUCUGAUGAUUCUGAGUUGGUCAUGGAUAAAUCACUACCGGUGCCUAUCAACCCCGGAACAGCAAACCUUGAAGAAAGCAAUGGAGACAGCAAAGUACUAUACUUCGGUGGCGAAAAGUAUCGCAAAACGCUUCGCUUGUCUACGGACCGCAUUAAAGGUCUCAACCUAUUGGAUGGCAUGAAUGAGAUUGUAUUUAGUGUAACUACUGCGUAUCAAGGAACUACUCGGUGUAAGUGCUACCUGUUCAAAUGGAAACACAAUGACAAAGUGGUCAUCUCCGAUAUUGACGGCACGAUAACGAGAUCGGACGUACUUGGUCAUAUCCUGCCAAUGGUCGGUAAAUCGUGGGAUCAGAUCGGUGUGGCCCAGUUAUUCUCUAAAAUUGAGGAAAACGGGUACAAAAUGCUUUAUCUAUCAGCACGUGCCAUCGGCCAGGCGAAAACUACGCGUGGAUAUUUGCAAUCUAUUCGACAGGGCGAUGUUAAGUUACCCGAUGGUCCGUUGCUUCUUAAUCCAACCUCGCUAAUGUCCGCAUUCCAUCGUGAAGUUAUCGAAAAGAAGCCAGAACAGUUUAAGAUUGCGUGUUUGAAUGAUAUCCGUGAACUAUUUCCGGAGAAGAAUCCCUUCUAUGCUGGUUAUGGUAAUAGGAUUAAUGAUGUAUGGGCAUACAGAGCCGUUGGAAUACCGACAUCUAGGAUUUUCACCAUCAACCCCAAAGGCGAACUUAAGCACGAACUCACCCAAACAUUCCAAUCAACUUACGCCAAUAUGGCUUACAUUGUCGACCAGCUGUAUCCACCGAUUAAGCAUAUUGAAGAGGAAGACAACGAAUACACCAGCUUCAACUACUGGCGUGAGCCUGUGCCUGAGAUUGAUUUCAAUAAUACUGGAGAUUCUUACGGCAAUCAUGCUACAGCAUUGCCACAUUCAGGCAAAGUGACGCCAACGGCAACCCUUGUCCAACAAGCAUUACCAACAAUUCCUGAAAACUGAAAAAUCAUUCAUUGCUGGAAGAAACAAGUUGCAAAAUAUCUGGAUUGCUGUACCACGAACCCAAAGUGGAAUGGAUUAUCUUAUAAAAUUUACGAUAUCUUAUCAGUAGCUUCUAUACAUGCUUUGGGAUAAUUCCGCAUGCUUCCAAAGGCGUUAGCAACGCUCCGCUAGAAACAGCCAACUUCUCCGACAUUCAAAUUCCAUUGUGACGAUGGGUGGUUGCACCGACUACAGAAGAAUGGCUUGAGCGCAAAUAUAAGAACUUCUGCAACAUAGCACACUGUGAUUACUAGAGCAGGAAAAAGGAAGAACAUAUUCUAAUUGUACCCUGCUGCGGAGAUGAGAAUUCAAAGUAUAGUAUGUAAUACUCUGUGAAAGAACCAGGAAAAUUGUAAACUUCUACAGCUUUAUUUGCCUUUUUCGUGAUGGUAGGAGACAAAGCGUGGAAUAUAUGUGAUAGUUGACUUGUAUUUAUUAAUAUUUCUGUUUAGGAUUUGUCUUAUGAAAUGGUGGUUUCUUUCGUUAUUAAAGUAAUGUUUUAUUCAAGGGAAAACAUGCAGUUAGCCGCAAAAAAUGUGUUGUUUCGUAACUUUACUCGCCAAUAAGAAGCUAAGCAAAGCUAAUUGCAAGAGAAAUGUGUCGAAGUAGCAUUGCAUUGCAAUCAUGAAUCAACACGUGAAGGGAAGCCAGGCAAUAGUUUGGCAAUAGCACGACCAACCUUUAAGGUUUGGUUGCUGCUGCGAACCAAUUGUUUUCUUCGUUACCAGAAACACACACAAAUCGAUUGAAAGUUAAGCUUCGGUGCAGCAAAUCUGGAAAUCAAAGUAGCUAUCUCGCUUUUGCUGGAAUAAUCGUGUAGUUAAUAUGUUCGAUGAACAGGCAAAAAUAAAAGUAAACCCUAUUGCAAACUUAACAAAUUGAAAAAAAAACUAAUUUAUCUUGAAGUGAAUUCGAUUUCUAUCCGAAACACGAU